GUAGAUUUAGUGAGUUUCAGUUGAAAUGGAAGCUAGAGUUUUCCGCACAUUCCUCCUCUGCUCUUUAGGAGUUGUUUUCUCCACUCAGGGGCACAGGUAUCACACAGGCCUCGAGGCCAGUUUAGGAUUCAGAAACCUCUCAGUUAGUAAUCGCAGCGGAUACCCUCUGUACAUGAUGCAGCUGUACCGCUCCUUCAGGACUGUGGAUUCAUCAUGGUCAGUAGCUGUCAACAGCAUUCAGAAACAAAGUGACAACCCGUCAGCACGCAGUUCUGACUCUGUCCUGAGUCUGAUGGCCAGAGGUUGCCAUCAAGUGGGUGAACGAUGGACAGUCACGUUUGACAUGUCAUCAGUCUCUACUAGUGAGCUUGUCCAGCUGGCGGAACUUCGGAUCAGACUACCAGCUUUCUCUGGCUCUAAUCGCGCCACUGUGGAUUUAUAUCACUCUAGAAAGCAGAGCUGUGACCCAGACAGCACAUCAUGCCAGGAUGAGCACCUUUUCCUGGGGAGCUUCGACACUUCACCCAGCAGCACAAAGUCUUCCUGGAAGGUCGUGAAUGUGACUGCUCUCUUAAAGUACUGGCUGUACCAGGGAGAUGGCAUGUCGAGCCAAGAGGCCACAGGAGGACCUGAGAUGGACCAUGGGAACGGUUCUGGAGAUGAAGGGGAGAUGACUGGCAAGUCCCUCUUCCGGAAUAUGGGUUUGCAAAAAAGCAAAAUACACCAUCCAACUAUGAACAGGGUCAUGAUGGUCAUCUUCUCCAAACAUAACCUGCCCCAGGUAGGCCAUACAGCAUACAGUCUCAUUCAUACUGUGGAGAACUCCAAGUAUGUGACCACAGACAGAGUCGGCGGUGACAGUCAAAGUCGACGCCACAAAAGGAACAGAAUGGAAAGGAUGAGAGUGACUGAUGGAGCUUCCCCUACUGCUGCACCAGCAGCAGAGCCAGCCCAGAGGCCGCUGUGUCGUAAAGUGGACAUGUGGGUGGACUUUGACCACAUCGGCUGGGACGAGUGGAUUGUGCACCCCAAGCGCUACAAUGCGUAUCGCUGUGAGGGAGAGUGUCCUACACCACUGGAUGAGUCCUUCCAUCCCACCAACCAUGCGUACAUGCAGAGUCUCUUGCGACAUCACCAUCCAGAAAGAGGGUCUUGCCCGUCCUGCGUGCCGACGCGCCUCAGCCCGCUCUCCAUGCUGUAUUACGAGAACGAUGAUUUGGCCCUGCGGCAUCACGAGGACAUGAUCGUUGAAGAGUGUGGCUGCCACUAAAGCGCAGCCCGUCACUGCAUUCACAACAGCAACUACUGACGGAGCAUAAUCUUGAAGUUUAAUUUAACUGUUUCUUUAUUGUCUUCAUGUAAAUGUUAAUGUUCUAAUAUUAAAUGGAGAGUUCCUAACCAUGCAUUUUUGUUAUUGACAGGAUAUGACUGUUUAAAUGAAUAUAUUUAAUCCAUACUGGG